CUCUUACAAGGUUCUCAACCGUUCUAAAUCUGUCUACCCCAUUUGUAGCUUUGAAUAUGUAACUUCGAAGAGCAGUUAUCAACGUCGAUAGAAGAAGACAACAACAAUUCGUGGUGGCAUAAGAAGGGGAACUACUGUUUAAAUUAUCGAUAUGAAUAAAAGAUGGCGUCACUGCGCCCAAUGAUCCAGUUAACUCGCUGGCGGGCACCAGCCUAUGCUCCGGCAGCUCUACGACGAUGCUUUGCGACAGCUUCUGACGUAAGAAAUACGGCCUCGGCAGCCCAACAACAGCCGCAUUCCGAUAACCGAGUUAAGAUAGUCGAAGUAGGCCCAAGGGAUGGCCUACAAAAUGAAAAGAAAUCAAUUCCUCUAGCUACUAAGAUCGAAUUAAUCGAGAAGCUAGCUAAAACUGGAGUGUCUGUCAUAGAAGCCGGGUCUUUCGUCUCCCCGAAAUGGGUACCACAAAUGGAUAAUUCUAGCGAAAUCCUCGAGCAUAUCCUGACGAACAAGAUCCCCUCACCAGUGCCAAUCACAUAUUCCUUCCUCGCCCCCAACGCAAAGGGUGCUGAAAAUGCAACAGCCCUACUCAAAAAGCACUCGGGUGCCUAUCUAACGGAAGCCGAAUCGUUCCAGGGCGUAGGUGGCAAGCCAGCAGUAGAACUUGCGGUUUUUGCUUCUGCAACUGAGAGUUUCUCAAAGAAGAAUCUUAAUUGCGACAUCGCGACCUCCCUCGAGAGGUUCAGGGAUGUCAUACAAGGGGCAAAACAGCUCGGGAUUCGAGCACGGGCUUAUAUCUCCGUGGUCUUAGGCUGCCCUUUCGAAGGACACGAUGUUAAUCCACAUAAGGUGGCCGAAAUUGCUACCUCGUUGCUGGAGAUGGGGGCUGAUGAGAUCUCCCUUGGGGACACGACAGGGAUGGGGACUGCGCCUCGCACACAGGAGCUCUUGAAGUGCAUGACAGCUGCGGGAAUACGGAACGAGGACAUUGCCAUGCAUUUCCACGACACGUACGGCCAGGCUCUUGUGAACAUGGCCAUUUCUCUAGAGCGUGGUAUCAGGACGUUUGACAGCUCUGUUGGUGGUAUCGGCGGUUGCCCAUACAGCCCUGGAGCCACCGGAAACGUGGCGACAGAAAACGUGGUUUACUUCCUCGAGAGCUUGGGUAUGGAGACGGGUGUCGAUCUCGACGCCAUGGCGGAUAUUGGACAGUGGAUCUCAGAAGAGUUGGGAAGGCCAAAUGACUCGGCUGUUGGCAAGGCUGUGCUUGGGGCUCGUAGUAAGGCUGGGUAGUAUUUCUACAUGUCUACAUAGUACACGGUGAUGUUUUAGUACAAACUGCAAAUGUAUAUAUUUGAUUGUACCUGUCGAAACGCAUACCGCAAAGACUGUUGUCGUGGUUUCAUUCGCACUUACCAUGCAAGACUCAUAAAUUUGAGCACGGUCUGCAUAUGGCAAGCUACGUAACAGACUGGACUAUUGUACAAGCAAAGCAACGUAAUCACCCAUUCCGAUUUGCUAGUCAGUAAAAACGGCUAUGUCUCAACCCCCGCUGCCCACGCAGCGAUUCUUGCUUUCUCAGCCUGGAUAUCCUGGUUUCCAGGUAAAUAAAGCUCUGCAAUUUUGAUGCAGUCCACAGCAGCCCCCAAAUUGCUUUCUAGGACACGGUACGCCGUUGCAAGGCGGAAGAAUCUCUCGCCACUGUGAAUGGGUAGAGGUUCCUAAUCUGUCCCUAGUUUCGCAACCGCAAAGAACGAUCCGCUUAGUGCCUCAAGCAGAAUGGGCCAAUACUUCCGAGCUUGCUCCAAGUUACCCUGGCUUUUCAAUAUUUGCAUGAUGAUUAUGAGACCGGCAACUUGGUUGAGGUGGAGAUAGAAGACAAUGUCGGCGAUAUGAUAAGGGAGUGCAUCACUAGGAUCGCUAGUGGCUUUUAUUCGCUGCCAUAGAGGACUGCCAGCAAGACCGAUCAUCUGCAUUGUGGACUUCUUCCACAUCUUCAAAGCC